AUGGUGGACGAGGAAAGAAAGGCGGAUAACCGUCUGGCUGGGACUGCACGAUUUGCGCCAGGCAUUGCAGCGGCAGAACUGCCACAGGCGGCGAGGACGUCAACGAGCGUCACACUGGCGUCGCUUCGCUGCUUAUCCAUGGCACCGAUGCAUGGCCCGUAUGACAUGACGGCUGUAGAAAGUUUCCAGCAGCUAGCACACCACAGCCCUUCCGGCAACGUGAGAGCCAUGCACUACACCGCUUAUCUUCGGAGGAAGGUGUCGUCUGCUGUGUCCAGCCUGAGUAGGUUUAUGCAGGAUUGGGAUGGCACAGAUUUGGACAAUGGCUUUCACGGACAGCUCUCCAGUGCGCUGCGCUCGCCAGGCGAGGGUGAUCACCGCUGCCAGGCUCAACAGUAUGCGACCGGUGCUAGACCUAGUGUGUCUCUUGCAGCUGCCGCUCGCAAACGGACCGCCAGCUACGCGUCUUUUGAAGAGCUAGAAUCCCUUCGUCAUACCUGUACGAGGUCGAGCAGUCUCCAGUCGCCCCGCCCGUCUUCUCUCCAACGGCUAGUCACUCUGCGUGAAGGAGCAGCCGGGGAGGCGCCAGGAGCUGUGCGCUUAGCUGACGCUUCGGUGCAACCCCCUUGUCUACCAUUGCUGAAGCCGCUGUCGCCACUUUCAUGUCAACAGGAGGCCCAGCAAUUGGCAGCCCAGGCGUAUGGGGAUGAGAGAAUUUUAAACCUUAUAUUCUCUGUUAACCCCCGGAUGCAGGAGGUAGUUGAGGCGACUGCAGCCGCGACGGCCGCUCAAUGGCAGAAACAGUUUGCAGCGCUUCCGGCAGUGAACACCGUGCUGAAGCGCUGGCCGGUGGCAUCUCUAGCGCAGCAGUUGGCGGGUAAUGCAGCAGAGCGCGAUGUACACCGCCGUAGCAGCUGCGGUGGCGGUGGGAGCAAUUCAUCUAUACUGGGACGUGCCGAUGGGCGUCCGCCGCAGAUGAAGCAUGUCCUGACGCCGCUGCCACGGCGGAGCGCUGACGUGCGGCUCUCGCAGAUGACGCGGCAAGAGCGAAAAGGGACACACGGAGCAGGCGCGGUUUUGCCGUUGGAGGUGCUUUCAGCCCCUCUGCGACCCGAUACAUGCCAGGCAAGGACCGAGCUCUGGGACUUAGUUCACCUCAACGUUCCAUUUACCAUGUGCCCAGCAGGCAGGGCGGGACUCGAUGAGGGAGGGUUAGUUAGCCCCUUGGACGCUGCAACGGUAGCUAAGAGCAAAGGAACUUGUGGGCGUCUGGACGGCACUGAUGGCUGCUGUGGCUGUGCCAAAGGACAGGGGGGUCACGAAAAGGUGGAGUCGGAAGCCAGCCAGGAUGAUCCAGAUGUUUUCAUAUCGACCGAAGGCUUGGUCUGCCUGGCGUCCCUUGCCUGUGGACGUAACAACGGGGGCGGUUGGCGGCUUCCCCUCCUGGUUAGGCCACGGCAACUUCACUAUAGGGAUGACGGUCAGGUCUGCAACUCGCCAGAUGGCCUGCCGGGAGAUACUGAUCAGCUACCAGCCCUCUACUUCACAGAGCCCCUUCAUGAUGCUCCUAGGUUGAUGCUUGACAGCUGGUCACGCAUGUGCGCAUGCGCGCUUGCGGCGCGUCAGCGUGAUGGCCCUGGUCAUGCCGCAACCGAUAACGUUUCCUUGGGUGGGAGUGAAGGUGCUCAGGACAAGGCGUCGGAGUCGGAAGAUUGCCCUUGCUGCCAGCAGGAUGAGUGGCAGCUCGGCGAGCUAUCGCUGCUAGUGCUCAGCCAUAGCUGUCUGGGCCUUGUGAGCGGCAGCGGAUCGCUUAUUCCCGCGCAACUGGUUGCCCUCGCAAGCACUGGGGGCCACUCGGGUAGAGCCGCUCGGCAGCAGGCAUCACAGGCAGUCAUUGACAUACUAGCGGAACGAUACAUUGAGCUGGCUUGCCGCGCAGAACUGCUCCGUGGCCCUGCUUCAACCCUGGCUGUUGUAGUGGAUGCGGUAGACGGCACGCUUCUGGCUCAGCAGUACCUGGACAGCGGGGCAAUCCGGCAACUUGCGGCCGAGCAGAGAGCUGAAGAGCAGGUUCAAAGCUGCUGGCACCUGGUGCAUAAGCUCCUGGACGAAUUGCGAAGGUUACCGCCUGGGCCAUACAUGUUGCACAUGAACGCAUCGUCGCGACGCCUCGAGUUGCUUGGCGUCAGGCGUUGA